GAGGGGAGAAGAGAGGAAUACAGUCCACAGCUGGAGAAGGAAACACCCUCUCUGGUCUUUUUCAAGUGCAAGUGCAGACAAAAGAGUGCACCCAGCACGCUGUCUGCACAGGCCGCCAGCAAAGCUGAAGCUUUCAUCCGUGCCUUCAUCUGCAGCAGCAUCAAGAGUUUAACCAGUUCAGGGUUCACCAUUUACAGUGUGCAUCUAUCAAUGGUGUUAGGAAAGACGAAGACCCACAACCAACAAAAUUCAGGAGGCAAUACAAACUAAGGUAACCAUGCUUCUCGGAGUGAUCUCACUGAGUAACCUCAUCCUGUUUUUGUUGGCCUUGUCGACCACAUGGGAGGCCGACAAAGUCCUGAGCUGUUGGAUUGGUCCGGAGUUGGAGUGUGAGAAAGCUCCCUUUGUGCCAGGUCACAACCUGGCGGGGGAGGGUUUUGAUGUGGUGCGGAUGCGUCGAACAGGGGCGUACGUCAUCAAUGUCAAAGCUCAUCUGGUCGAUAAUCACACCUGCACACUGUGUCACAACCGCUUCCAGAAAGGACAGAUUCAGAGGCUUCCUGCUGCAGUCCUGGACUGGCGGGCUUUCAGCCGCUGCAGCAAGCAGCUUUCGAGUGCCCUCCACCACUCAGUCGACUCUCUGUUACGCAGCUCCAAUUCCCUGGUGAACAACAACUGGGGUCUGGGGCUGAGCCUAGAUAAAGUGGGAAAACCUCUGCUGGGGGGAAGCCACUCAGAUUUGGCAAGGUUUGCUCGUUCACAACACAAUAUGGACAAAGCCACUUUUGCUAUCCAUGAACUCAGCUGCACCCACUACAGCUACAGGCUGGCUGACCACCCCCAGCUGAGUGCAGAGUUUGGAAAGCAUCUGAAGAGACUCCCACAGAGUCUUAAUACAAGUCAGGACAGAGCGCUUUACAGACGGCUGAUCCAUACCUAUGGAACCCAUUACAUCCAACAGGUCCACCUUGGAGGUAAAGUGAGGCGAAUCACCGCUUUCAGGACCUGUCUUGCUACCCUAAAAGGCUUCUCCGAGUCAGAGAUCAAAACGUGUCUGAACGUUGAACUCCGUAUAGCUCUGGGCUUUCUCCCUGCCAAUGCAUCCUUCUCCAACAAGUGCAAUGAUCUCUUGAAGGGUAACAUGAGCAUAGGCUUCUACCAGGGUUUCAUGAGCCAUAAGAUAGAAGUCAUUGGAGGGGAACGCUACUUUCCAGAUAUACUCUACCAGCAGGACCCCUCUGAAGCAUACCACAGCUGGAUGAACAGUCUCUAUGACAACCCUGAUGUGGUUUCUUACGCCAUCUUCCCUCUGCACAAUCUGAUUGAGGAUCGUCAGGUCAGUACUAAUCUCAGAAAUACAGUCACAGAGUAUAUAAAAGAGAACCAGCUUUCAGAGGACCAGUUUGGUUUCAAGAACUGUUCCCCAACUCCAAACCUGGACCAUAACUGCUGCCCUCUACGUGCCGGCAGAGGGACUCUCAGACUGGAGAUCCACAGAGCUGCUGGUCUGAAGGCAGACACCUUCACCAAAACAGACGCCUACGUUAAGAUCUUCUACAGUGGCAUGUACGAGGAGACGGAGACUGUGAUGGAUGACAAUAACCCAGUCUGGAAUGCGACAUAUGACUUUGGCUCAGUGGAACUUAGCCAGGAGUUGAGAUUUGAGGUUUGGGAUAGAGAUGUGCUUUAUAAUGAUGUAGCAGGGAGAUGUGUCAUCUUCCCUGAGCGGGGAACUCACUCUCUAAGCUGUCAGCUGAACAAAGGAGUUCUCUAUUUCACUUACACCGUGACAUGUGACACACACCUGACAGGCUUCAGGUGUGGCCGAUACUCCCCCAGUGCAGAAUAAGUCACCAGUUAGAACAUUUUAUUUAUGUAAAAAAAUAUACUGCUUAACAAGGGCUAAAGCCAGGUCCAGAAAUAGUGAGACCAAAUGUGCUUUAAGUGUUGACUGUCAGCUUUAAUUGAACAGCUUUAUUAAAAAAUAUCACAAGAAUUUUGGAAUUACAGCCAUCCAUCUACAGAAGCCUAUAAUACCUUCAGAGUUGUCAUGGGUGCAUUGAUAGCAUCCUUCACUGGGGCUUUUCUUACACAGCCACUCAGUUUUAGAGAAGUGACUCCUCCAGUUUUACCAUACGGUACCAUACUGUCUGAAUUUCUGAAUGACUGAUGUAAAUGAAGCCAUUAUAGCCUUUGGAAAUGGAGGGACUGUGUCUAAAAUUGACUGUAAUUCCUAAAUGGUUAAUGUGAAAAUUUUGUUAAACGUCUUGAAUUAAAGGUGAAAGUCGACACUACACGCACAUCUUUGAUUAUUUAAUUUCAACUGAAAUUCCACAACUCCUUUCCAUGAAAUUAGUCACUUUCUUAGUGUGGGGUCAGAAAUUUGAUCUUAAUCAUUUACUAAUAAAAAUCAAAUCACUUCUUUCCAUCCACAGACCCAAUGUAUCUUAGAAUCAGACUAAUCUGAGAGCUCAUAUUACUGUAAAUUUGAGAAUUAUCGUAUGUUCCAGAGGAUAGGUUGCACCUGUUAAAAAUGGCUUCUUGAAGAGAUAAAACUCCUAACUCGCUCAUUAAGUUAGAAUUUUUGUGCAUUGUUUAAGUGUACUUUUUAUUAUUGCCAUUUAUUAUUUUAUUCCUGGAGUUUAUUUUGUUUAGUGCUUUGAUUCCUGUUAGAGUCCUAUAAAAAUACUUACUGCAACUAUUAUUAUUAGGAAUAACAAACUGUUUUCUUUAUACAUAUGUUGCACCCGAGUAUGAAUCGCUACACCAGCCUGAAUGCACCUGCCAAGUUUGUUCAAAAUCAAAUUAGCCAUAUUUAAGCUAUAUCUUGCUAACACACACUCAUACAAACAUAAGGUAAUAAGACUAAGGCGAUCAUAAGAUCGUACACUUCAGGCAGUGUUGCUUAUAAACAAAGUUCCUUUGCAUGUUCACCCAAAUGUUUGUCAAUGUGGUAUAAAUUGUAACUGGACUGCA